AUGGCUGCCUCAAAGCUACUCCCUACUCGCCCACUAUCCAAAAACGGACCGCUCGUCCCUCGCCUCGGUCUGGGGUUGAUGGGUGCAAGUGGUAGUUAUGGCAUGCCAGCUGGGGAUGAGGAGAGAUUAGCAUUCUUGGAUAAGGCGUACGAAAAAGGCGAAAGGUUCUGGGAUACCGCCAACGAGUACGGUGAUUCGGAGGACCUCCUCGGAAAAUGGUUCGCCGCGAACCCGACCAAACACAAGGAUAUAUUCCUCGCCACCAAGUUCGGCAUCAAGACCUCGCCAGGUGUGCUUGGGUUUACUGUCGACUCAACACCCGAAUACUGUCGCCAAUCAAUCGAAAAGUCUCUAGCACGGCUGGGACUUCCAUUUGUGGACCUGUACUAUGUUCACCGGCUGGACAAAGUGACGCCAAUUGAAAAGACCAUGGAAGCAAUGGUCGAGCUCAAGAAUGCCGGCAAGAUCAAACACAUUGGUUUGAGCGAAUGCAGUGCCGACUCUCUGCGUCGUGCCUAUGCCGUGCAUCCAGUGACCUGUGUUCAAGUUGAGUACAGCCCAUUCUGCAAAGACAUUGAGUCGCCAAAGACAGGACUUCUGGAAGUUGCUCGCGAGCUGGAUGUCGCCAUUGUCGCAUACAGUCCCUUGGGAAAUGGGUUGUUGGGUGGUAACAUCCGAUCGCUCGAGGAUGUCAGCAAACCUGGUGAUUUCCGCGUCAUCCUGCCCUGGCUGAGAGAAGAAAAUAUUCAGCACAACCUAACUGUGCUCGAUCGCAUCGCUGAGCUAGCAAGCUCCAAGGGUCUUACUUCCGCACAGUUGGCUCUUGCGUGGUUGCUUGCGCAGGGUGAUGAUAUCUUCCCUAUUCCGGGGACUUCGAAGGUUCAUCGUUUAGAAGAGAAUCUCGAGAGUCUUUUUGUUGUGCUUACUGAGGAGGAUGAGACAUUGCUUCGCAAUAUUUCUGGGGAAAUUGUGGGUGGCAGGUUCCAGGCGAGCACGGCUUAUUCGUUUGCCGAUACGCCUGCCUUGGAGGAGUGA